UUCCUACAGCCGUUUUGUGCAGAAUUGACAUUUUAGGCCUAAAAAUCAAUCUUUAUGUCUUGAAAAAUGAAGCACCCAUAUAUCUGUGACAAUUUGAAACACUUCAUGAGCUUGUGGAACGGUUGCGAACUAUUGCAUUGAAUCUCAGUGAUGGAGCCAGAGGACGAUAAUACCUGGUCAGAGAUGGGCGCUGUGUUCCCGUUGACGGAGCUGCACUCUGUUUGCUGUGUGCCGGGGUGUCGCGGGGUGUUUGAAACGCUUCACCCCAGUACGGUGUACAACAAGCGGCCUAGUGAGAUAAGUUUUCUAUCUACACGACCCUCGGAUUCCCCUAAGGCCAGCCGCAUCUCGGGCAGAACGCGAUGUGAACCUAAGCAUUUCCGGCGCUAUGACACCGUGUCGUGCGUAGUAAAGUCGCUACAUGACAGCCGUUCAAAUAGCCCUCAAAUCAUGAGUAACGCACUGCGCGACCAUGAUGCUGACCCCUCCUCCAGAUUACUCCGCCCCAAAGACGACGAAGUGCCUACUUUGAGUCAGCUUUCAAUCGAAAAAGUUUCUCGGCUGGUGGUGCAGGUCUUGAAAGCUGAAACUCCUCAUGAAACUUACAAGCAGGUUGGGACCUGGCUGUGCAGAUUGCAGGUUGGUGUCGAUUCAGUUGUGUGGCGAGUUCAACAAAUCAGACCACCAUGGCUCCCAGUAGAUCUGCACUGGGUUGAAGUAGAGCCUGAUCCUUUGUUGUUGUUGCUGGCUUACAUUCCUCAGCUACGAACUCUGAGCUACACGCCACUUCCUCAUACUUUGCCUACCCUGUCUGCUCUCCUCUGUGGCCUGCCGCAUCUCACACGCCUCCAGUUACGGCACACCGCUGACGACACGAUGAUGCGCAUGGUCGGCCGCAGCUGCCCUUCAUUGCAGGUGCUCUGCGUCAAAGGCUCUAGGAGCGUGAGCGACGCUGGACUCCGGUACAUGGUGUUGAAGCCUGGAGCUUCAUCGCGGUGCGCUUGGCGAUUUCUCUACCGACGAUGGAAGGAGCUCAAGCCUGUGCUCGUGAGCAGCCAGCACCAGCGCGAGUAUGCAAGUCUGCCACCCGUACCUGCCGUGGCCGCGCAUCAGCGCACCGAACUUGCAGGAGCCCUGCGGCACCUCGAUCUGAGAGGUACCAAAGUUACGAUGUCAGGAGCGAGGUGGGCCGCCAAGUGUGCUCCACAAGCACACUUAUUGCUACUCAGCUCGUCUGCGAGCCACAGUCUGACGUCUCGGACCAAACGAUAUCACAGUCUCGAGGAACAGCAACCGGACCUCUUCCUGCUACCUCCCACUUGAAUGACUUUAGACGCCCUCUAGGAAGUCAGCCAGUGCCUUGCUAAUGUUACAGCUCCACCAUGUACCUGAUCCUCUCAACCCUGCUCCCGUGUGUGUUGCAAUUUCUGACAAAUUGAUAA